CAAGCCGCAUCUAGAACGUACGAAAACUCGAAAUGUUUCGUGUUUCAGUAGUGCGAUCACACCUCGACGCGUGCAUUGCAUGUACCUCCUCCGCGGGCCGCUUUUCUUGCCUAGCGGUAGAUCGCACAAAGUACUUGAAGAAUAGAGCGCCGGCAUCUUGCUGCAGUGUAUUCACUGUUCGGGAUUUUUCGUUGCAAUCAUGGUCGCAAACUUUGUCGCAGUCGACACCCGUAGCGUACGCACAGGACUUGCUGGACGCAGCGCAUUCAGCAAGUGGACUUUCGUGGGGCUCAACCAUUGUGCUCACGUCUCUAGCCCUCCGAGUGGCUGUCACGCUGCCACUUGCUGUUUACCAGCACCACGUGCUUGCCAGAUUCGCCAACCUGGAUCGUGAAAUGGCUAGCAUCGCCCAAGAGCUGAAGCGAGAGACGACGCAAGCUGUGCGCAUGUUCAAUCUCACUGAGAAGCAAGCGCGGCACCUCUACCGUGUAAACGUGAAGCGACACCUCCAGCGGCUUGUGGUCCGAGACAACUGCCACCCAAUGAAGGCAGCUGUGGUGGUGCUAUUCCAGUUGCCCCUGUGGGUUAGUCUCUCAGUAGCUCUCAGGAACAUGGCCUUCAUGCUGCCGUACCAGGACCUAGGAGCACAAGCCACAUACCUGGAGCUGAGCGUUGGUGGUGCCCUGUGGUUUACCAACCUGACACAACCUGACCCGCUGCACAUAAUUCCCAUCCUUGUGGGUUUUACUAACCUUAUGAACAUAGAGUUUCAUGUCCUGCAAAGGCAGAAGCACAUGGCCAAUCUGCGGAGGUGGAUCACAAACUUCACCAGGGGUAUAGCACUUGUCAGCGUGCCCAUUGCAUGGAUCGUGCCUGCUGAUGUUUCCCUCUACUGGCUCUGUUCAAGUACCUUUGCCCUGGGCCAGAACAUGCUCAUGGCAUCCCCACGGUUUCGUCGAGCCUGCUCGAUUCCUGUCACCUCAUCCGAGAGCCAGACACCUUUCAAAGAUGUUGCCAAUCGUCUGCGACAGCGACUGGAUGCUGCCUUCAGGACAGGCUCCUGAUUCCCUUAGGCAUGCUGUAAUCUAACUGUUGCUGUAGUGAUCUCAGGUGAUCCUAGGAGGUUAAUUGCCAUGCUAACAAGACUUUGAGCACUACCCUUUUUUUCUUUAUUGUGAGCUCCGGAGCAAUGGCAGUGCUUAGAAUCAAAGCGUGGUCAAAUUUAGCAUUACUUUUUUUUUUUUAGGUAUUGUGGAAAGUCCGGACUGGUGCUCAAUAUUUAUGUGCUAAAAUUAGCGGUACUUCUACAGUGAGAGGGGUCUAGAUGAUGGGUACGCAAAAGACAAAGAUCACAUGUAUGCAGAAGCAUAUAGCAAGGUGUUUUUUAGGAUCAAGCGUCGUGCAGAACUUAUACUGCAGGUAAUUGUCACACAAACGCACCUUGCUUUCUGCUCACCAUCUAAACUUGGUCUAGGGUGCAUCACAUGUCUGUCUGUGAAACAACAAAAGCUGUUUCUUGUUCGAUCCUAGUUACUUUUCCACAUAAACUAGGUAGUUUUCAAAUCUCCCUGUUUGUCCUGCUGAGGUCAUUUAAAUCCUUUCUGUUCGGCAAGGAUAGUUCAAGGUAACAAAGAUGACAGAGAACAGUGUUGGGUUUGCAGAAUGCAUUGAUGUGCUAGUUUGUGAAAAUUCAUAAUAAACCUUAGCGCAAACAGGACAACACAAGAAAGAAAGGACAAGGUGGUACUCUCAACUGACAUCUUUAUUACACCGUGCCCCUACGUAUAAGAGCCCAGACAUAAGAAGCGUAUGCAGUGAAGCCAUCAUGACAACAGAACGACAUCAUACAAAAGGUUCCAUAGAACAAAAUUCAGUGUUGUACAGAGCAAUAGAAGCAACACUGACACAUUCUGAUCCAUGCGACCUUAUAAAGAAAGCUUAUAAUUUUCAUGCAGUAGUAUCACAGGUCUUUUUCAAUGUCUAAGUCUCUUUAAGAAGAGGCUGUUAUGCGCACAGCACAUUGUCCCAUCUUUAUUUUGUGUUGUCUUGUAAGCACUACGGUUUAUUAAGAGUGUUAGGUCUUCUAUGUACGUAGAUUUUUUUAAUGAAACGAGUGCCUGCAGGUAUCUUGUACAAAAAAGCAAGGCGGAAGAGGUCUGUGACUUCUUUUCUCUAUUUAUAUGAGAGAGGCUUGCACUAUUAAAGUUACUGAUAUCACUGAAUUCUUUUGAUAUUGUUGCCACACCUUGUUUAAAUAUCUACAGCUCAAAUUAAAAUGCCAGCCUGAUGGCUUAGAAACUGGUGGUUUUCUAUUUUCCAUUAAAUUUCAAUAUUAUGGAACAUAUAUUUAUGCUAUGUAGAUGUCAUCUUUAGUAUGUAUGUGGGUUCUGAUGAGAAGUCUACUUUCCCUUCACUUUCAUGCUUUUUAGUAAAUUCAAAAGGGAGAACAAUAAAUGUUAUUUGAAAUUUUG